CAUUUUGUGCUUUAUCUGUUUGUCAUUCGCGUCGCAUAUUCGCUCCAAAGUUUCGCCGCGAUUUCAUACGUUUUUUCCACGCUUGCACGCGUUUCAUUGACACGCUCCAGGUAUUCGUGCGGAAAUCCUUCGCGUUUUCAUCGCACCGUUCGAUUACACUGUCGAUCCAGCCGCGUUCAGCCCGAUCAGAUUAACAAGAUGUCACUGUCAGAGUUCCGUAAAAAGAAGUUACUCUACGUUUUCAACACCUUCUUCGAUGUCAAUCAAAGUGGCACGAUCGAUAGGAAGGAUUUCGAUCUUGCUAUACAACGAAUCAAUGAAAAUAGAGGAUGGAGUGCUGACAAUCCCAAAGCUCAAAGUAUAAAAGAAAAUUUACUGAAAAUGUGGGAGGGUUUGAGGUCAAGAGCUGAUACAGAUCAAGAUGGCCAGGUUAGCCGAGAUGAAUGGUUUUCACUGUGGGAAGAAUACGCAAAAAAUCCAUCGAACCCAUCCGAAUGGCAACAAACAUACAUGACUUUAACGUUCCAGUUAUUCGAUGCAUCUGGUGACAAAUCGAUCGACGAGAACGAAUUCUGCAACGUGUGCAGAUAUCACGGGGUGGCAGAGACCGAGGCCAGGGAUGCUUUCAAAAAACUAGGGGUGGGUCAGGAAAUGAACUGGGAUAAAUUCACCAACCUCUGGAAGCAAUAUUUCUCCUCGGACGAGCCAACCGCAGCCGGAAACUUUAUUUUCGGGAAAACUUCCUUCUAACUCGUUUAUUUUUUUUUUUCCACCCCCCCACGGAAUUCGAAUACGUAUACUGCACUUCCUUGCGUCGCAUUUUCUUUUUCAUUGUAAUUUUUUAAUUCACCCUAAGACGAACUCGAUUAAAUCUCUUUUCCUUUCAACAACGAAUUAAAUAUAUUUAAUUUCUUGAUAAUUUGAAGUUUCAACUACUUUCUACCCUCUUGGCGUUGUAAAUAAUCAUCCCCGUGAAUUCGAUUAUUCACGAACGGAUGAUAUGCUCGACAAAUAAUAUCGUUUCUAUCCGCUGGAUAAAAAUGGCGGCAAUUAAGUAUAUCUCAUUGUAUGUUUGUAUAUGUAGAGUAUUUAAAUGUAAGAGAGCAAAAGAACUCUAAUGAUCGUGACAUGUGCAAAGUCUUGUUCGUUCAGUGUCAAAAAAUCGUUGUGCUUUCGAACGAGAUAUAAAUAUUUCCCUCCAUUAUUGAACAAACGAUAUUCGCAGAGUUUAAGUGUAGCUUCAAUGUUUUCGUGUAACAUUGGAAACAAAGUCGACGUGGGGCAGUGUUUAAAGAAAAAGAAAAAAAAAUCUUCGUGUAAUUAUCGGCAGGAGAAUUAGAAGAGAUUAAAAAAAAAAAAAAGGUUUUAAAUGUUGGCUUAAUUAUCGUGUAAGAAGCAUCGCAGAAAUGAAACGUUAUAUUUUAAAAGCGUCAAUAUCGUCGUAAAUGUGUCUUAUAUAGACAUUAUUAUAUGCUGUUAUACUAAUAAGGAAACAGAUCAAAGUGUCUACGUUUGAUUUUAAUGAAUAUUUGCAAAUUUGGUAAUUAGAUCGAAAUAAACGACGCAAAUUUUUUGCAGCUAGUCAAUUUCAACUUUAGAGGGUGAAAUUAUCCUCUAAAGUUGUAGCUAAAAAAUACUAAAUGUUUCAAAAACUAUCAUAGAUAUAAGAAUUGAUGGUAAGUAUUAAUUUAAUUAAGCAGCUAUAAUAUACCUCAACUGUUUAAUAAUUUUAUAAAAUUUCGUCAAAAUUGAAAAUGGAUGCUUUGAUAUAUUUUCUUGUAAGAAGUGCAGAGGAACGUACGUAUAUCUUACAGAAAUAUAUAAAUAUAAAUAUACAAAUGAAUACAUAUUAUAUUUGAACGACAGAGUUAUCAAUAAAUUGUAAUGAAAGAGAUUUUUAAAUUUUAAUCGAUGUUGACUUGAAGAUGCAGCCAGGGAAUUAAACAGUUGGUACAUAUUCGAAUUUUGAAAAGUUCAAUUCUCUAUUGCUCGAUGAAAUUUUUAAUUCAGCGUAAAAAGAAAUUAAAAUUUGAUGAAAUGAAAUGAUCAUUUAAUCCAUCAAAAGUGGGCAAUUGAGGAACAUUAAUGAAAAGUAAUAAAUCAAAAUACGAUUACUCACACACACUCGUAUUCGUACAAUUCUGAAGAUUAUAUUUUGAUUUCUACAUCGUGCUACAAUAAUAGAUUGGAUUUUAAUACCAUGUGCUUUUCAAUUAGCCGCUUUGUUUCAGAUUACUCAUCAGUUCAUUGUUACAACUUUUUUUUAUUUAUUUGAGAUAGAAUUAUAGAAAAGAAAUACGAUUGUACGAAUACGAUUGAGAGAGAUUUAAUUGUACCCUUUCAAACUUGUCCUGUGCUUCAAGGUAUCAAACACUAACGUUGUUCCGUGAUUUAACAUAGUGUAUUAUGUAAUCCUGAAUGUACAAUAAAAAGAAA